CAAUUUCCAAGCGUACUGUCUACGUUGCAGACCUCAAGCCAUUUGAUCUUAACGGGCGAUGUCUGUACAACAAAAUCCUGUGGUCACUUCAUUAUCUAUGUGACCGGCUAAUUUUUCCUGAGGACCCUUGUUUUUUCCCUUCCAGUCAACACCACCCCGCAGAAUUCCGCUUAUCCCAACCCCCCGGCUUAGGAAUGCGAAAGGACGUGAUGCGCGCGCUGGCUCAGGUGCGCGUGGUGAUUGCCACCAUGACCGCUGUGGCCAUAAUCUAUUUUCGCUCAGUUCACGUUUGCUAUAUUGCUUUUGGCGGAUGCAUAGCUGCCAUCGUGGCCAAAACCCUGAAAAUUAUAAUUCGACAGCCUCGGCCAGCCCCGUUAUCUAAGUCGGUGUUGCCACAGGCCAAAGGAUAUGGCAUGCCAUCCUCUCAUUCGCUGGUAUCAGCCUUUUUUGGUGUUUACUUACAAGCGCUGUUGCUAUAUGGAUCACAACAUCCGCUUUUGACCCUUGUAGCCAUUCUUGUCGUGAAUGGGUUUUGUUGCUCGGUGUAUCUCUCACGUGUACAUCUUGGGAAUCACUCCCCUGCUCAAGUCACCGUCGGAGGGAUUCUCGGUAGUUUCAUAGCCCUAUUUUGGUAUUGGCAAUGGCUGAACAUCUUUGCUCCAUGGCUACAAAUCCAUGGUCAAGAAACCAUACAAAAUUUGUUUAUAUACUUUGGUUUGAACCCAUCACUCAUAGACUACAUAUACCUGCAUUAGUAUGACUGCAGCCUAAUGUCAAUAGAUACGCAUUGUUUUCUGUAAAGCAACAGAAGUAAAAAAUCGCCGGUUUUUGAAAGGCGGACCGGCUAUCUGUUUUGGUUCGAACCCUAAACAAAAAAAUCCCACAUGGCCAUUCUCGCAAC